CCAUCAAUAACCAGAAUAAGCGCAUUUAGUGAGGCGUGCGACACCUCGGACAGGAGUGACGAUUAGACGAGAGAGCAGGCGAACAUUGUUGUUUACUGCACUUCUCGGCUUCAUGUCGGAGCGCUUGGAGCACAAUGGGAUCUGACCGGCAUACUGAUGCACUUCUCGCGCUGCGUCUCCACGAUCUCAGCACCGGCGGCUUUAUCGGCGAUUCUGGCGCACUACCAUCUCUCCGCUUCGCUUUUCUUUAGAUCAGCUCGUCUUUUCUUGUUUUGCAAAUUUAUGCUAGAAACGUCGACGUGCGUGCAUCACUGCGUGCUUGAAACUGAGGGACCGUUUUGGAAGUUGGGGCGGUGUGAGCUGCCUGUCUGGGCGCGAUGUGCAGGGCUGGAGGGUUCAGGGCAGGAGGGUGCUGGAGAACAGCGCUGCUGUUUCUGCCUGUGCUGAUGGCCGUGACACUCGGCCGCACUCCGAUAUCACACAGGGUCAAUGAGCCCAGCAACAUGUCGUAUGUCAAAGUCACCGUGGACAAACUGCUUAAAGGCUACGACAUUCGGCUCAGGCCGGAUUUUGGAGGUCCUCCGGUUGACGUCGGGAUGAGUAUUGACAUCUCCAGUAUCGACAUGGUGUCUGAGGUGAACAUGGACUACACCAUCACCAUGUAUUUCCAGCAAUCAUGGCGUGAUAAACGCCUGUCCUACACAGGGAUUCCUCUGAACUUGACGCUGGAUAACCGUGUGGCAGAUCAACUAUGGGUGCCUGACACUUACUUCAUAAACGACAAGAAAUCUUUCGUUCAUGGUGUCACUGUCAAAAACCGCAUGAUUCGGCUGCAUCCAGAUGGAACUGUGCUGUAUGGCAUCAGGAUAACUACAACAGCAGCCUGUAUGAUGGACCUGCGGAGAUACCCACUGGAUGAACAGAACUGCACCCUGGAGAUUGAGAGCUAUGGGUAUACCACAGAUGACAUUGAGUUUUAUUGGCAGGAGGAAAGUUCAGUGACUGGAGUAGACAACAUUGAGUUGCCACAGUUCUCCAUCAUUGAUUAUAAAACUUUGUCUAAGAAGGUGGUGUUUGCAACAGGGUCAUACCCUCGUCUGUCCCUGAGCUUUAAGCUGAAGAGAAACAUUGGAUAUUUUAUCCUGCAAACCUACAUGCCCUCAAACCUGAUUACCAUCCUGUCCUGGGUCUCCUUCUGGAUUAAUUAUGAUGCUUCUGCAGCACGGGUUGCCUUAGGAAUCACUACUGUACUGACCAUGACCACCAUCAACACCCAUCUACGAGAGACGCUACCCAAGAUCCCAUAUGUAAAAGCCAUAGAUAUAUAUCUAAUGGGCUGCUUUGUCUUCGUGUUCCUUGCCCUGCUUGAGUAUGCAUUUGUUAACUACAUUUUCUUCGGCCGAGGUCCUCACCUACAGAAGAAAGUGGCAGAAAAAGCUGCUAAGAGCAACAAUGAGAAGAACAGACUGGAGAGCAACAAAAUCCAGGUGGAUGCCCAUGGAAACAUUCCCCUUACCAAUCUCGACUUUCGCCUCACUGGGGCUGAGAUGCUCAGUGGUCUUGGUGACCCUCGGAAUACCAUGUUCUCUUAUGACAGUGCCAGCAUCCAAUAUCGCAAGCCCCUGACAGGCUGUGACCUUUACGGUCGGCCGACUGCUCCCCUCGAGCAGCCAAUCAAGCACAAGAAGGGUCGAUUGAGGAAGCGGGCCUCUCAGCUUAAGGUGAAAAUUCCAGACCUGACAGAUGUGAAUGCCCUCGACAAGUGGUCACGUGUCAUCUUUCCCAUCACCUACACUUUCUUCAACCUAGUCUACUGGCUUUACUAUGUCCACUAGGGGACAAAAGUGCACUCUGCAUAGCUUUCACUUAUCAGAUCUGGUCAGGCUUUCUCAAUUGCAAUUUAAUUUGAUCUCCUGCCAUAUAUAAGCUACACAGUCAUCUAGAUAAUGUAAUUAUUAUUAGUUCCUAAUUAGAGCUUUCUAUUCAUCACCCCUGCUUCAUGUGAGAAUGGACUAUAGGGGUGUGAUGGUGCUGUAUCCAAUUGUGUAAAAAUGCACUAUAGCCCAGACUUAACACUACCACCAUAACUACAACUGUAGGCAGCAUUUAAAAGUCAGACACUAGGGCUUUAGCCAAUAAACAAUAUAUACCAGCCUUUUAAAUAUUUGCACUGUUUUGGGAAAUUGUAGACUUAAAGGACACUGCAGUUUUUUUGUGAGUUUGCCCAUGUGCAAAUACAUGCUUGGUGCACUAAAUACUUGUGCAUUAGAUAGUCCUUAGAGUAGCCACACUUACAGUAGCUCUGGUACAUGUGUUACAACAUGAUGAGAAAUUAGCUGAAAAUACAGCAGGGAUAUAUACAGACGUUAAAUAUUUUCACAAAACCUGUGUAAAAGUGUGUUUCUUUAAUUAAGAAGUCAGGUAUUUUAAAAAAUGUCACCAUAAUUUCUUGUACUAACAAACAAUACCAUGUGUCAUUGUAUACACUUAACAUGGCACUGAAGCCAAGUCUUACUUUGUGUCAAUUGAAAAGGCUGAAGAAAAAAAAGACACAGACACCAGAAUGUUCAUAAGCGCAUGAUUUGACUUAAAUUCCCUUGCCUCACAUUGGGUAAAAACGAGUCAAGUCAACUCUCAAUUCUUAAAUAUAUUUAGCUUUAUAUUGAACAUGUUCACUGUGACUUGUGUGGUACCCAGGAUCACCUCAGAAACAAGAGAUAAGGCCAAAAUGCAGACAGGAUCUAACCAACCUGCUGUUAUUUCUUCAGGCUUGAUGUGUGCCUUUGAAUAGAAAUUGUGAUAUUUGACAAGGUCAAGCAGAAAGAACAGAAAGAGUGAAAACCUGCAGUGAAUAAACUUUUCUAGAGAACAAUUCUAACUCAAGGUUAGCAUAAUGAAAUAUUUAGUUGGGCUUUUAAGAUGUUCUACAUAAAAAGUAUAGAUAUUGCAUAGUCAUGCUAGCAGCUAGUAGAAGAACAUUCCAGUAUAUCGGCGACAGUCUUUGACUUGGAGAGGAGUAUCCAUGUAAUUAACUCUUAGUGAGGUAACUGUACUUCUGCUCUUUAAGCCAAUAAAAGAGACUCAAUUACUGAAACAUGAUCUAGAACACAAAGUUACAGCACUUCUGAACACUUUCAGAUUUAACACCACAUAUACACGCAAGACAUAAGAAAAAAAUACUUUGAUGGACGGGUUUUUCAGCAGAGAACAAAAACUGGAAAAAAAAGGCAACGCUGUUCUCGUUUAAAACAAUUAAAGCUGUUUAUAUAGCAUAGUGAACUGAAGUCAUGCUUUUGAUCUUUGUGCUCCUGUGCUGAUCAGGAUAUGUGCUACCAGUGCAUAAGCGAGAACAGUGAGUGUGUGUGUGUGUGUGUGUGUUAUGAACACAAGCACAGUUGUUCCUAAGAAUCCUCUUAAACCACGAGAAACCUUGAAGGAUUCAAUAAAACAUUUCACCAAACUA